ACUGUAAAAUAAAAAAUGGUGGAAAAGUAAAAUGGAAUCUGAAACUUUCAAAAUUUUCAGGGCAAAAACUAAAAAGAAAACAACCAUUUUUCCAAAAGCGACAAUGCAAUUCCAAAUUCCCAAAGAAAAGCAAUCCAAAUUCCAAAGCCCCCUUUUCACCCUCCAGUAAACUCUCUGGAAUUUUGUUGUGGAUGUUAAUGGUAGCCCACAGCUUCAAUCUCUCUCCUCUCUCUCUCUCUCUCUCUCUCUCUCUCACUAUUUGGGGCCUAUAUUACAAGUUCGGUACCUGCUCAAGUUUUUGAUAGCAGCGAAAAGCUUUAACUAACCACUCCUAAAAACUCUUCCCUCUACUUCUUCUUCUUCCUAAUUAAGCUGCCAUGAGCUACAAAACCAGCUACACUCAAAUGGGAAAUUUCCUCUGAAACUGUACGGCUAAUAUGGGUGAAGAAGGCUAUGGAUGGUCCCCAAUUGGGGCUCCUCUAGAUGUCCAGAAAGAGGACCACUGGAGGCAUUUCGACAACUCUGUUGAUGCAGUCUCUUUUGGGUUUGUUGCUACUGCCAUUCUCGUCUCAAUGUUCUUGCUCAUGGCCAUCUUUGAAAGGUUUUUGCGACCUACUCCCACUGCUUUCUCUCACGCCGGAGGUCGGACCCACCUUGACCCUGAGGCUCAGAUGGGGUUCACUGGAAAGCUUGCUCACCCAUCACCCAAAAUGACUGUGUAUUCCUGUGGAGUUUCAGUUCUAAUGCCCGGAGAUCAUAUUCCUACAUAUAUAGCACACCCAGCUCCUGUCCCGUGUGCCCCCGAGCGCAUUCCAUGGCCGCAACAUCAACACAAUGACAUAUCCUAUGUCACCAACAGUUCCCAUUUAACUGAAAGCUCAAGUUCCUCAUGAAAUCAAAGAAACCGAAGAUGGAAAAGAGGUCUGUUCUGUUACAAAUCUACUAGUUACGGUUGAUUCAAGCAAAACUAAUCUCCAAAACCCAGUAGUCAGAAAGGUACCUUAAUUGAGGCUGUUUUUUCUACCAUUUCCAGAGAUUCUUAUUCUGUACAUACGUUCACCUCACAGCCCACCUUGCUUUACCUCAUCUGACUACAUUCCCUUCUUCAAGAUAGCAAGUUUAGUUUUAUGCCUUCCACAAGGUUAAGAUUUCAUCUCUUUUUCGGCUCUUCAAAUCUGGCUUUAAGCCUCAGCAAUCAUAUAUAGAAAUCUUUGUUUGUGAGGAACUGUGCAAUGUUAAAUGGUAGUACUCCGGUGUAGGCAAACUUCAACUGUCGUAUAUGAAAUGCGUGCUCGUUCUUCUAUUUACAA